UAUUAAAGCUGUGGUUGUGAAAUAAGGUGGAUACUACCCUAACUGGAGCCCCACACAUUGCUGCCAGAUAUACUGGAGAAAACCUGCAUUCCAGUUGGGAGUCCACAGCACUGCUGAAUUCUCCCGAGUUGGAGUAAUGAUUGGCUGAUUACAGAUGGACUCCUCCUCCCUCAGAUCCUUAUGAAAGCUCUCUCUCCUCUCUUCAUCCUCCACUCUGUUCAUCACUCUGCUGAUCACACAGACAACAUGCUGCCCACCCUCUGUGUCCUCCUCCCUGCUCUGGCAUGGGUCAGUUCACAGAAAGUUCUGACACAGACCCCUUCAGUUCUGACGGAGCAGCAGGGCAAGACCAUCAGCAUGGACUGUAACUUCGCAAAGUAUGAAGGCAACUACGUCCACUGGUAUAAACAGAUUCCACAAUCAUCUCCUCAGUAUGUGUUGACGUCAGAUUAUUCUGAUGGUUCUCCUGUAAAGUACGGAGCUGAUUUUCCAUCUUCACGCUUCACAUCUAAAGCCUCUUCAAACAUCUACCAGUUAAUAAUCAGUAAUGUGGAGGUAGGAGACUCUGCAGUGUAUUACUGUACUAGAAGGACGUCCGGCACUAACACUGUGGUAUUUGGCCCAGGAACAAAGCUGAUCGUCACUGACUCUGCUGCUCCUCCUCCUGUUCUGAGCAUCUUCCCUCCGUCCAGUGAAGAGCUGAAGUCUAAUAAAGCCACUCUAGUGUGUGUGGUCAGUGACAUGUCCACUGGUUAUGCUGAUGUUCGUUGGCUGCUGGACAGAAAGGCGGUCAGCAGUGGAGUGAGCACUGGCUCUGCAGAGCAGCAGCCCAAUAAGAAGUUCAGACUGAGCAGCUAUUUGAGCAUUGAGAGAUCAGAGUGGGAGAAAGAUAAAGACAUAACAUGUGAAGUGUCUGCUGCUGCCUCAAAAACUACAAGUAAAAGCAUGAAGAAGUCUGAAUGCAUGGACUGAACCUGAUCACAUCUGUUCAUCUUCAUUCUUUUCUUCUUCUUCAGACGUACACUUCUUACUUGGCAGUGCUGAAUAGAAACAGUAGUUUAGUGUGUAGUGAAAGAAUGCUGAUUCCAGCAACAAACACUGGAUCAUCUCCUGCUUACGUACUCCUUCAUCUUUUCUCUUCUACAAUAAAGUUGUUUGAUGGAUUUGAAUAAAAUGCAGAAGUGAAAAAC